AUGCAACGCGUGUCCGUGACGGCCACCGGCAGCUUCAACGUCGACGAAGAGAUGUAUGAUGGGGACGAGUACUAUGGCUCCGAAGACGAGGAUGUCGUCGAAGAGGACUCCGAGUUCUCCCACGAUGCGGCAGACUUUGCGAAACAGCUCGACAAGAUCGCUAGCUCCGAGGAAACAAGGGCGGGAAAGCGCAAUGAGAUUAUCGGCCUUGUCGAGGCCUACUAUGAGCUCGCCUUUAGGAAGCUCAGCGCCGCGCACGAGCUCCAACAGCGCUCACGUCAAGCCAGGCAGCACCGCUCCGAGGAUGAGUACAGCCAGGAAUCCAUGGACGUGGAUGAGGCCGAGGAGGGCACCAUCUCCGACGAGCAGUUCGCCGCCAUAGAGCGAGAGGUUCAGACGUGGGACUUCCUGCGGCGGCUCCUCCCUCUCAGAUACCCGGAGCGCAAGAAGGCCCAGCCCAAGCGCCGGGAGCCUGCCAAGUUUCAGACCGGCGCCGAGCUCUGGGAGGAGUUCCUCGAGUCCGACGCGGCUGCCCAGGAGCGGAAAGAGAUCCUCGAAGUCCUGCAGUGGACAGCUGACGAAAGCGGAAGCGACAUCGACGACAUGGUUCGUGACCUACAGCAGAACGCCGAGCGCGGGGAUAUCAUUGCCUAUGGCUGGCUACAUACGCGCUCAGCCAUCAAGAUGCAGAAGAAUGUUCACAGAUGGACAGGCCCCCUCGAUGCGAACUCGGCCGACGUCAAGGCCGCCCAUCGCGAUUCUACUGGCGCCAAUCCCUUGGUGACACAGCUCGACCCAGAUGUUGUGACGCGACAAGGCCGCAAGCUCCAGCCGCAGGACGAAUACUUUGAGCGAGCCAUCUGGCUGGGAUGUUACGAGCUGCUCCGUAGGGGCAGGAGUAUAACAGAGAUACGGGACUGGUGUGUGGAGAGGACGGAAGUCUGGCGUGCCAUGAGCAUGUCCGCUAUGCCUCUUUCGAAACACCCAGACGAGAAGCGCUUCAGCACGAACCCGCUAUCGAUGCUGCUUUGGCGCAGAACGUGUUAUGCCCUAGCACGACAAGGAGGGUCUGAUGACUACGAACGUGCCGUCUACGGCAUCCUCUCGGGCGAUGUCAAAUCCGUGGUGCCCGUUUGCAGCUCUUGGGACGAUCAUCUUUUUGCGCAAUGCAAUGCUCUUCUCCGUUCACAGUUCGAUGCGUACAUCCUGAGGCGCUCGCCGCGGGACGCCACGCAGUCCGUCACCCAGCUUCCUGUCUACGAUGCCGUCCAGUCGCAUGGUGACGAUGCCGCUACGGUCAGCGAGAGCUGGUUCAGUGCUUUGGACGACGCUGAAGCCCGAACACCGAUCAAGUCCCUUCAAGCAGCCAUCAUAUCAAAUACCAUAGAUCAGUAUCUUUACAACGAAGGUCUCGUCCUCGGUCAACAAGCAAACCAGAAGGAACCCUCCCGUCUCAUUCCCGACUUCAACAAAACCAAGUCAAAGGUAGACGAUGAGAAAUAUUUCUCUCUCAGCGACCAGAAUGGGUUGCGUAUCCUGGUUCACAUCUACUUGCUGAUAUCAAGCCUGGAGGAGUUGGAGGGUGGCGAGGUGGACCUUGAGUUGCGCAAGGCUCAGGAGAACGCCUUGGCGGCCUAUAUCAGCACCCUGCGGUUGAACAGUCUGGUGGACUUCUUGCCGCUAUACUGUUCAAAGCUCCAGGGAGAUCGUGCUUUCUACACCCUCAGCCGCAACGUCAGCAUGGUCGUGGACCAGGACACUCGAUCUAUGCUCCUGAGGUACAUGGAGAAGCUCGGCAUGAACAUUAAAGAAUUCGUCGUCUUUCAACCACAGUCUCUACUGAAGGAGUUCCCUGAAAACUCCGACGGGUUGGCGCAUGGCACUUUCAAGAUGCUAAUGGACGAACCCCCCUCAGUAAGAUUCGGCCGUCGUAUAAUACCGGACUUUCUGGGUGAGACUCCAGAUGAUCUUGAUCCGGUCGAAGAGCAGCUUAUCCAGUCGCUUGAGUGGAUGCUGCUUGUCGACGGUCUUUGGGAUGAGAUAUUCCGUGUGGGUGUCGCCGUCUACAAACGUUUCCUGAGAUCUGGCAACAUACAUGCAGCAAAAACUUUAUCUGAGAGAGUGUCCUGCGCAAAGAUCUUCACGGAAAAGGCCAGGAUUCCCAUUCAAGAUGAAUAUAACCUGGCCUGGUGGGACGAAGUGGCUAAUAAUGAGGACGAUCUGGUAGACGAGAAUAACAACCCACGGCAGCUUACGACAGCUCGCAACUACCUCGACCUCGAGUCGCUUGUGCGGGCCCUGGAUGCCAUGGAGACCGUCGGUGCGACCGCUGAUCUGCACCUUGACCCGACCUUCCAAAAGACCGCGGACUUCUUCCCUACACUUGGCGGCCACGUCAAGUAUGUCCAGAGCUUUAUGGCUCCUCUUCUCAACAAAUGGCUGCUUGAGAGCGUCGAAGAAGACCCGGACUUCGAACUACUACGGGACAUGUACCUUCCCGAGAUCAUCAUCGGCUACGUGAGCGUGCUGCACUACGCCGGUACGUCGCUGUCGCGCGACUACCUGCUGGAGGCCAUGGAGCUCGCGGCGCACAUUGCCGACAAGGAGUCGGACGUGGCGGCCGUGCUCAUGAAGAGCGGCCGCAUGCGCGAGGUCGUCGAGGCCUUUGCCAACGCCAGCAAGGCCCUCGCCGUCAGCAGCGAGGACAAGCGCAAAGGCGGCACCGGCAGCUCCAAGAAGAUGCGCGAGCUGGGCUGGAGCCGCGAGGUCUGGAGCGUCGGCCGCUGA